AUUGGGCUGAUGGUGGGAUUCAAGCGGCACAAGAUGAUAGUUGGAAUGCAGGAUUAUCAUCUAAUGGAAGGUUAUCCUCCUUAGCCUAUGCGAUAAAACCUAUGUUUGAUCAGUUAUUUUGCAUUUCUAUAUUUUUUAGUUGAUUGCCCUGCAGAAAAUUUUGGGAUGGACUGAUGGAGUGCAAAUUCAUUAUCAAUCAUUUGCUUUUGAUGUUAUAAAGUUGUUAUCAAACAAUAACUCACUUGUAUUCAUGUAGUAGCCUUCAGCUGUUGGUACCUAACAAGAAAAGAUUAGAUUACAAAUUUAGAAGUGAUAAGAGUCCACAUUCUGGUGCAAUGUUAAACUAGGGUGAUAUAGACGGAAAAAGCCUAUUAUUAUUGUUGUUAUUAAUAUUAUAUAUAUUGUCUUUAAUUUUUUUAUAUCUAUUAUUAAUAGUUUCCUAUGGUUAUUAGUAAUAGACUAAUAGUAGUUUCCGACUAGCAUUAGAAGUCUAUUUUAGUUAAUAAUUCCUACUUUCUAGUAGAGAUAUUGUAACAGGUAUAUGUUUACUCUAAUACCUGUCUACCAAGACACUUAAACCAGUAUAAACAGAUGUCCUUUGUUCAUUAAUAGUAUGAUCGAUAUUUUGGAGUGAUAAUUCUGCUUGUGUGCUAGGUGGAACUGAUAGACAUUUCCUUGCCCAAGGUGGAAGCUGAGUUAUUUUGCAAUUACUUAUCUUUUCAAUCUUUUUCUUUUCAUUUAGACCUAAUGAGUUUCCUUUUCAUUUUUUUUUCUAUAAAUAUGCUUAAGAUUGAUAGUAUUGGUGUGUUUUUAUUUUGUUUAUUACCCAUAGUAAGUAGUAACUACUAACUACAGUUGAAGUUCACUACUCCUUUAACUUUUUGAAGUGUGUUGCCAGUAAUUUAUCUUUGUAGCAUAUAUAUGUAUCCUUUCAACCUACACACACAAAAAAAGUUACGUAUCCCUUCACUGCUUGUUACUUAUAUUUCUGUUUCUUACUCCCCAGUUGGUAUAACAGUUUUGAAAACAUAUCAUACAGUAAUUUUGUGCUUACUUUUGCAGGAACUCCUGGCCUUCUUUCCCUUCAUCGAGCUUACCAACUGUACAAGACCCUAAUACCAGUUCUCUCACUGCAGUUGAUGUUAAUAAAGAAGAUACUGGGAGUUCUGCUUGGGAAAUAGGGACAAGUCAAAGUAAAGAUGCUGGGCAAGGUAGUGGCUGGGGAGGAAGUGAUAGUUGGAAAAAAGUUGCUUCUACUUCAGUGGCUGGAACCUCUGGUUCUGACAGUUGGGGUAAAACUUCUGAAGCAUGUGAGGGAAGCAUAGUCAAGAAUGAUGGUUCCAGCUGGGGUGCUGCAGCAAAGAAUGAAGGCCAAAGCGAAGGAUGGGGCAACAAAGUGCAGAGCGAAAGAAAUGAUGGGCCUAGUUGGGGAAAUUCUGCGAGUUCUCAAGGUAAAGGCACUACCGUUGCAAACAAUGAUGCUUGGGUCAGUAAGGGAGCAGCUUCUAGCUCUUUACCUGGUCCAGUGAGUGAAAGCGGUGGAUGGGGUAGUGCAGGCAUUUCGCAGGACGGUGGAUCCCAAUGGGGGAAACAAGAUAAUAAGGUACAGCAAGAUGUGGGAUCUUCUUGGGGCAAUAAGAAGGAAGAUGAAUCAUCAUGGGCAGCACAGGGUGGAGGGUCAUCUUUGGGCCAACAUGAUGGUAAGGGGCAAGAUGUGGGAUCUGCUUGGUCCAGCAAGGAGGAGAAAUCCUCCUGGGGAAAACAAGGAGGAUCAUCUUGGGGCCAACAGGAGAGUAAGGUACCCAAUAUUUCUGGUGGAGGUGAGGAUGGUGGGUCAUCUUGGGGAAAAAAGAAUGGCGGUGGUUCGGUAGGAAAACAAGAUGUGGGAUCUUCCUGGAAUAAUAAGGAAGAUAAAUCCUCAUGGGGAAAGCAAGGCGGAGGAUCUUCCUGGGGUCAACAAGACAGUAAGGAGGCACAUAAUAGUAGUUCUGUUGGGGGCGGAUCCUCUUGGGGAAAGCAGGAUGGUGGUGGCUCAUGGAAUAAACAAGACGGUGGUGGAUCCUCUUUUGGAAAGCAGGAUGGUGGCGGCUCAUGGAGUAAACAAGACAGUGGCGGAUCCUCUUGGGGAAAGCAGGAUGGUGGCAGCUCUUGGAGUAAACAAGACGGUGGUGGAUCCUCUUUUGGAAAGCAGGAUGGUGGCGGCUCAUGGAGUAAACAAGACGGUGGCGGAUCCACUUGGGGAAAGCAGGAUGGUGGCGGCUCUUGGAGUAAACAAGACGGUGGUGGAUCCUCUUUUGGAAAGCAGGAUGGUGGUGGCUCAUGGAGUAAACAAGACGGCGGCGGAUACUCUUGGGGAAAGCAGGAUGGUGGUGGCUCAUGGAGUAAACAAGAAGGUCAAUCUUCUGGUGAUGGACCACAUCAACAAGGAAGUUGGGGGAGCGGUGGGGGGGCUUCUGAUGGGGGCCGUGGUGGUGGAAGAAGAGGAAGGGGCAGGGGACGAGACAGUUUUGGUAGGGGUGGAGGUAGAGGAAGGUCUUUUGAUCAUGGAGGUGAGUCAAAUAGCUGGGGUAAGGACACUGAAGGUAAUUUCGGGUCAGGAUUUGCUGCUGCUGGGGGGCUGCCAUCGAAUAGUUGGAAGAGUGAAAGUUCUUGGGGUAAGACAUCUGAUGGAAGCAAAAAGGAUGAUUGGGGGAAUCUAAAUGCAUCUAGCAGGGAUGAUAAUAGCUCUGGAAAGAAUCCCCAAGGUUGGGGUGUAGUGAAAGAUGCUGAAUGUGGUGGUUCAAGCUGGAAAAGCCAAUCAGAAAAGCAGGAAGGAUGGGGUUCUGCUGCCGCUGGAGAAUGCAGUUGGAAGAGCUCCCAAGAAAGCUCUUGGGGAAAGGUAAAAUCAACUGAUGAAAACAAAACAGAUGAUUGGGGUAGUAAACAAGAUGUAGCAGGUGAGAAAUGGAACAGCAAAGCAGGAUCAAGCUUGGGUUGGAAAAGUGACCAAUCUGAAAAACCCGAUGAUAACAAAGAUGGUGCUGCUUGUAAUAAUAAACAAGCUGAUUGGCAGAGUGGAGGAGGAUGGAAUGCUGCCAAACCUUCUGCUGGUGAAAGCCAGCCAUCUAGUUGGACCAAGAAACCAAUUGUGGACAAAGGAACAGAUGAUACCAAUGAAGUUGGUGGUGGGUGGAAUGCAACAGGUAAAGGAAGUGGUUCUGAAACAAAACAGUCGUCAGGAUGGAACAAUAAAAGUUCCAAUGAGAGUUCGGCAGUUGGUUGGGGGAGUAGUGGAAACCAGUCAUCUGGGUGGAAGAGUGAAAGUAACUGGAACUCAGGAGGCAGUGGCUUUGGCGGCGGGAAUGAACAUCAAGAUGACAGCUCCAAUG